AUGAGCGGAGAUUUGUGCUCGCGUCAUGUCACUGUUUAUUUCUUACUUGACUUGACUCGCAAGACCUGCGCCUCACGCGUCCUGGCCUUUCCUUCUACUAUCAAAAUGGUUGCAAACGAUCAAGCCUACACUGCCCUGCAGCAGUAUUUGCAAAAUACAUUUAACCCCGCUGCAGCUGUCCAGAAAGAAGCCGAACGCCAGUUGUUUGCUUUUGAAGUCCAGCCUGGAUUUUCGAUUGUCCUUUUGAGACUCAUUAGCGAUCAGCAAGUCGACGUUACUCUUCGUUUUGCAGCCUCACUUUAUUUCAAGAACUUUGUCAAACGUCAAUGGGUUCCUGAAAGCGAUGAUAUCAAUAAUAUUACACCUGAAGACCGAGUAGCAAUCAAAACUCAAAUAGUUCAGUUGAUGAUUAGUGUCCCAGAGAAGCUUCAGCUUCAGUUGAGUGACGCACUGAGCAUUAUGGCUGAAACUGAUUUCCCUGAAGAGUGGACCAACCUUUUACCUGAAUUGAUCAGUCAAUUGAGCCCCACAGACUAUAAAACUAACAAUGGUAUCCUUCAUACUGCGCACUCGAUCUUCAAAAGAUGGAGAUCACAGUUCAAAUCCGAUACUUUGUUUGCAAAGAUCAAGUAUGUUUUGGAUGUAUUCUGUGAGCCUUAUAUGCAGCUCUUUCAGAUUACCGACAGGUUGAUGACUGAAAAUGCGAACAACGAACACGCUCUCCAGAUUUUGGCACAAUCGAUCAUUCUCCUUAUCAAGAUUUUUUACGAUCUUAAUUGUCAGGAUUUGCCUGAAUUCUUUGAGGAUAACAUAGCUACUUUCAUGGCAUUGUUCCAAAAGUAUUUGUUAUACAACAACCCCCUUCUUGUUAGUGAGGAUGAAGAGGAAGCAGGUCCUUUGGAAAAGAUAAAGACUGGUAUCUGUGAGAUUGUCGAACUUUACACCCAAAAGUACAGUGAAGAAUUUGAACAGCUCAAGGAUUUUAUUCCAAUUGUGUUUGAACUAUUGGCAAAUACUGGACAAGAGUCCAAGUAUGACACUAUGGUUGGAAACGGAUUGGCUACAUUGACCUGUAUUAUCCGUUUAAGAAAAUACUCUGAUAUAUUUGGUCAGGAAACUACUAUGCAGCAAAUGUGCGAAAAGAUUGCUCUUCCCAACAUUUCUAUGAGAACUUCGGACGAAGAAUUAUUCGAAGAUAACCCUAUCGAAUAUAUCCGUAGAGAUAUUGAAGGCUCAGAUAGCGACACUCGUCGCCGUGCUGCCGCAGACUUUAUUCGUGGCAUUAUGGAACUUUUCGAGCCUCAGGUCACAUCAAUCAUGUCUAGAUACAUCAAUAGUUAUCUUGAACGUUACGCUGCUAACCCUACUAAAAACUGGAGAGACAAGAACACUGCAAUCUUUUUGUUGAUUGCUAUUGCCACCCGGAAUGCUACCACCCAAGUCGGUGUCUUGAACACCAACUCUCAUGUAGAUGUGGUUGACUUCUUUACCAAGAAUGUCCUUGGCGAUCUUCAAACCGAUGUCAACGCUGGUAUUCCAUUCCUCAAAGUGGAUGCCAUCAAGUACCUUUACACAUUCAGAAACCAGCUCACAAAGGAUCAGCUUUUGACUGUAUUUCCUUUGUUGGUCAACCAUCUCCAGUCUACUGAUUAUGUGGUUCACACUUAUGCUGCAAUUGCAAUUGAACGUAUUCUAUUCAUUCGUCAGGGAAAGACAAUGUUGUUUACUGCAGAGGAUAUCAAACUCUAUGCCGAGACUUUACUAUCUGAAUUGUCCCGUCUGAUUGAGCUUGGCCAGACUCCCGAAAAAUUAUCUGAGAACGAUUACCUUAUGAAAGCUGUGAUGCGUGUGAUUAUUACAAGUCGACAAGACAUGGUUCAGUAUGUAAAUGUCAUUAUGGGUAAAUUGACUGGAAUCUUGGCUGUUGUGAGCAAGAACCCCAGUAACCCCCGUUUCAACCAUUACAUCUUUGAAAGCAUCGGUGCUCUCAUUCGUUUCAUUUGCCCAAUUUCACCACAAGCAGUAGACGAGUUCGAAACUAUGCUAUUCACUCCUUUCCAAACAAUUCUUACUCAAGGUGUCCAAGAAUUCAUGCCCUAUGUAUUCCAGCUGUUGGCUCAACUUUUGGAAAACCAUUCUGGACAAGACUUGCCUCAGCUGUACAUUGACUGGCUUACACCUCUUCUCAACCCUACACUGUGGGAGCAAGGAAAUAUCCCUGCCUUGGUACGUUUAUUGGAGGCCUACUUGUCAAGAGGCGUGAACACUAUCAUUUCACAAAACAAGCUGGAACCUAUUCUGGGUAUCUUCCAGCAAAAAUUGGUCAACUCUCGACAGAACGACCAUUAUGGGAUCUCUUUGUUGACUGCUCUCACCAAGCAUGUGCCAAUGUCAAUCUUUGGUAAAUACUUGCCUACAUUGGUGGCUUCUGUCUUGAAGCGCCUUCAAAUCAAAAAGACCAAGGAAGGUAUGGUGUUUGAUCGUUUUACACGAAACUUCACUCUUUGGUUCUGCCUUUUCUGUACUCUCGAUUCUACUGGUGGACCCGAUACUCUCAUCAGUGUCUUUGAGAGUCUUCAACCAGGCCUGUUUGGUCAAAUUAUUACUAUCUUUGUAAUCCCUGAUCUUCCUAUUGUGCGUGACCCGGUUGACAAGAAGAUCUGUGGUGUUGGUCUAGUUCGCUUGUUGACCCAAAGCGACGCCAUGCUUCAGGAGCCUUAUGUUAGCGGCUUGUGGACCAAUGUGUUCCUGAACCUUGUAGAUCAGCUGGAACUUGCACCUGAGAUUGCUGAAGAUGGUCCAGAUGAGCUUUACACCCUGGAUUUGGAAGAAGAAGGAGGCUAUCAAACUUCGUUUACUAAAUUGGCCACCUCUAACCCUGUAAGAGAUGAUCCCGUGGCUGGUUUUCCUGCCUGUCCAAUCUUCCUAGCUCAAAAAUUAGUAGCCAUGACUCCCGAACGACGCGAGAUCGUCAAGCAAUUGAUGGCCAAGACAGAAGAGGCAAACAAAUAUUUGCCAAAGUACUUUGAGAGUGCAGGUAUCUCCAUGGCACAAUUAUAA